AUGGUUCAAUUGAAAAGAAAGUUUGAUAAUGAUAGAAAUGUAAAACGUGGUAGAGAAGAAUUAAGGAGGGUGACCAGAACUGCUUCAAGAAAACAUAUUCAUAAACAAAAAGAUGAAGAAACUGACAAAAAUGAUGAAAAAUUGAUAGAAGAAGAAAAGCUAGUUAAUAAUCGACAUGAAUUAGAUGAUGAAGAUGAAGAUGAUGAUGAAAAAAGUAAAGCAUAUUCAGCAUUGUUAACAUUAUUGAAAACUGAUCAUACAGAAAAGAAAACAAAAGAUUCGUCAAAAGAAAUACAUGAGGAAAAUGAAGAAGAUGAUAAUGUCGCAGGUAUAAAUAUGGAACAAGAACAAGACGAGGAAGAAGAAGAAGAAGAAGUAGAAAUUUCAGAUGAUGAGGAUUCACCUGUUGGUUUAGCUUUUGAUCCAUUUGAAGUACAUUUUAACCAACCAUCAGAAGAAUAUUUAUCAAAACAAGAAAAGAGUCGAGAAAAAUGGAAGAUAAUGGAUAAAAAAUUGUAUGAAGAUUUAAAUUUAUCAACAUUAACUCAAGCACUGUCUGAAAUAUUACAACCUCCUUUAUUAAAUAAAUCUAAAAUUGAAGAUUAUGGGAUUAAAAAACGAGUAUUGGAUGCAUUCACAAAACAUUAUCCAAAUUUGUCUCAAUUAGAUAAAAUUUUAUUAAAUCCACUAAUAAACUACCAGGAUAUAAACUAUCAAUACAAAUCAUUCAAAAACAUUUCAUAUAGAAAAUUAUACUUGAUGCACGUUUUGAACCAUGUUUAUAAAACUAGAGAUCGUAUAUUGAAAAACACAGCUAAAUUGCAUUCAAACCCAGAUUCAAAUGAAGAAUUCAAGGAUCAGGGCUUUACUAGACCUAAAAUAUUAAUUUUAUUACCUACAAGAGAAUCAUGUUUUGAAACAGUUGAAGAACUUAUUAAAAUUUCAGGAACUAAUCAGCAAGAAAAUAAAAAGAAAUUUACAUCCCAAUUUCAUGUUAAAGAUUCACCAAGAUCAAAUAAGCCCGAUGAUUUUAAAGAUGCAUUUAAAGGUAAUAAUAAUGACUUUUUUUGUAUUGGUUUAAAAUUUACUAGAAAAUCUUUAAAAUUAUAUUCAUCAUUUUAUUCUUCAGAUAUUAUUAUAGCUUCACCGAUUGGUUUAUCCAUGAUUUUAGAGAAUCCAGAUAAAAAGAAACGACAGUAUGAUUUCUUAUCAUCUAUUGAAAUUUUGAUAGUUGAUAAAUCAAAUCAAAUUGAAAUGCAAAAUUGGGAUCAUAUAAAUACAGUGAUGAAAUAUAUUAAUAAAAUCCCCAAAGACUUUCAUGAUGCAGAUUUUUCAAGAAUUAGAAUGUGGUCCAUUAAUGAUCAAGCAAAAUAUUUACGUCAAAAUUUAAUAUUUUGUGAAUAUUUAACGCCAAAUAUAAAUAAUUUAAUAUCAUCCAAAUCUUUUAAUUUAUCAGGAAAAGUUAAAGUUAAACCAAUUAUAAACCCAGAAUCAAGUAUAAUGAAUUCAAUAGGGUUGAAAAUAAAACAAAUUUUUCAAAGAUUCGAUACAUCAAAUACACCAAUUAAUGAUUCAGAAACAAGAUUCAAAUUUUUUAUUAAUUCAAUAGUUCCAAACAUUUUUAAAAAUUGUUCUUAUGAAGAUGGAAUUAUGAUUUUUAUACCUUCAUAUUUCGAUUAUUUAAGAGUUAAGAAUUUUUUAAAGACUUCAACAAAAUUAAAUUUUGGUUCAAUUGAUGAGUAUAGUUCACAAUCUAAGUUGUCAAAAAUGAGACAUGAGUUUGCAACAGGUAAAAUAAAAAUAUUAUUAUAUACUGAAAGAUUACAUUAUUUUAGAAGAUAUGAAAUAAAUGGUGUUAAAUCUUUGAUAAUGUAUCAAUUACCACAAAAUCCAAUUUUUUAUAAAGAAUUAAUUAGAUUUAUUGGUAAACUGAUUUUUAAAGAGGAAUGUGAUUUAAAUUUAGCAAUCACUAAAAUCUUGUUUUCUAAAUGGGAUGCUGUCACAUUAGAAAGAAUUGUAGGUAAUGAACGUGCUCCAAUUUUAUGUAAUUCAGUAAAUGACUUAUAUGAGUUUAAAUAG